AGCAAUUAUACUGUAGUACUAAUCCGUUAAGGAGGCAGAGGCAGACAGAUGGCACAGCAGCUGUCGGCUAUUGCAGAGUAGUUUUGCUAAAAGAAAUACUGUAUGAGGAACGUACAUCCUGCGUGUGUACGCUCAUCAUUACCCAGCCAGCCGUCCUCUGCUCUGCUCUGCUCUUUCCCCAAAAACGAUUCACCCCCCCUCUAUGUACUACACUUUACUAGUAGUAUAUUCUACACUAUUAUAUUACUGUGUAUGUGAAAUCUCUCUCCCUCCCUCUCUCUGUCUAUUAUUGUGUAUGUGAAAUCUCUCUCCCUCCCUCUCUCUGUCUAUUAUUGUGUAUGUAAAAUCUCUCUCUCUCUCUCUCUCUCUCUCUCUCUCUCUCUCUCUCUCUCUCUCCCUCCCCUAUAUGUGCUUGCAAACAGCAAGGCUUGUCUGCAUUUCUGCUCAAACAAACUCAGCACAAUGGAGCAAUAUUAUCAUCUCAAAGCAGAAGAAGAACAAGACACGAGAGCAUUUCUCGACGAUCCUUAUCCCUAUGAUUCGUCGUCACCACUAGGAUAUUCAUCCUUACAAAACAUCACUGACCAGAAGCCUCUGCUUCCUUUGCUAUUCGACAAUCCCCACCAAACAUCCACCUCUCUGGUUUCUCAUCAACUCCCCAUCUUCAGCAAACCUCUCAUCUCCGAUGAAUUUCAUCUCAAAUCUUACCCCUCGCUCCCAUCAGUCACCAACUCAACAACCUUCAAACUUCCCAAAACAGAGCCAACUGAGUUUAGCCAGGGCUCCGAUGAACCUCCAUUGCUUCAGUUACCGAGCCUGUGCUCUCUCGAAGAAAACCUCGAUACUGUGUCCGAGGCGGCGUAUCAGCUCAACUCAACUGUCUCUCCUAGUGCAACCACUAUGAAAUACGAUCGUCAGAGAGAGUUGAGUCGACGAAGACGGCAGAGAGUACGAGGGAAGAUUGAGAGCUUGAAGGAGCUUCUGCCACAGCAGAAGAAGAGGGUGGAUACCGCGACGGUUCUGGAGAAUGCUGGAAAGUACAUAAAGUUUCUAGAGGCGCAAGUGAGCGUGCUGCAGUGUAUGCCGGUGGAUGACAGUCUGGUAAUUAGUGAGAAUGUGAGUGGUGGAAUGGAUAGGAACAGAGUGUUGCAGAUGAUGGUGAACUCGGAGGUGAGUCAGGGGAAGAUGAGUUCAGAAGGCAUGUGUGUUUACUCCGUGGAGCAGCUGGUUCAGAUUAUUGGUCGUCUUUUUACUACUGAGGAAGCUUCUUUGCUUCUCAAUUCCAUUCUCUUCUCUAGCUUUGUUCCAUUCUAAUUCUCAUCUCUCUCUCUCCCGCUCCCUCCCUCCCUCGCUCCAACACACAUCUCUCUCUCUCUCUCUCUCCCCCUCCCUCCAACACACAUCUCUCUCUCCCCCUCCCUCACUCCCUCCAACACACAUCUCUCUCUCUCUCUCAUAUGUUAGAUAUGUUUCUUGUUAAACUAGCACCAAUACUAUAGUCUAAUGAUCUAUCAAAAUAUUAAUCAAUGAUGUUGUCUUCGUUUUGUUAGUAU